AUGCACCGACCUCGCUUUAACACUGCGAUGCGCGAUAAUUGGCGGCAAUUGCAGCGCGAGUUUGACGACGAUGUCAUCAAACGUGCACCUAGUUUGGAUUCCCUCAUCAACUCCUCAGAAGCCUCCAGCCUUGAUGCCUCGGCUGACGAUUCAGACUCAGGAGCCGAUACACGUGAUCCUGAGCCCAGGAGGAAAAAGUGCCCCCAAAGUUAUUCAUCCUCAUCCAGUGGUCAUAUGGAAACAAUUCAUGAGGAGACAACCGAGCCCAAAGUGUCUGUGAAAGCAAUUCUAGCAAGAUUCGAGAAUUUGACGGAAAAAACUGAUUUUCUUCAGGUAUUUAACUGA